CUCACGACACUCUCCUCUUCCUAGAUAACGCUCAGAGAUGCCGUUCUGCCUUUAUGACUUUUGCAGACAUCAAUAUUCAGGAAUCGCGCCAGGAGACAUGUACGCUAUACGUGACAUUCUAAUUAAACAUAUGUUCCAAUACUCAGUUAAUCAAAAUAAGAAAAAGGAACUUAAUAAUCGUAUAGGCAUAUUUUACAUCCAUACACCAAAUCUAAUAUCUGAAGUAUUUCUGAUAUCUGGAAUGAUUAUCUACAAAACGCCAUAUAAAUUCCAUCAAGAAAGAAAAAUAUAUGUCAGCAUGCAAAAGAGUGACACAGUAAAUAUGAUUUCGAUCCUUCCAUUCUAUCGUAAUUUGUCUCUAAAAGCUGUUUCUAUGGAAGCUAUUUUGAAGCAAAUAAGAACUAAAUUUUUGACGAACAAAGAUUUAGAGAACCUGGAAUUACCAAAUAACUUACUUGAAGACAUGAAAAGAAGAGGAUUACAAAUAUUUCGCCACCUGGGGUGAUGAUUGUAGUCAUUUAAUUUAAUGUGUAAAUAUAUGAUAAAUAAAUUUAAUACACGAUGAUUCGUUAUUUUGUU